UUCGAAUCAAACAGUCAGCAGCAUAACGUCAGAAUAUGUCAAGUUGAUAUUGAACAAUGGGGAAGAUUUGCUCGAAAAAGUCGAAUGAAAUACCAACUUUACAACGUCUUCGUUACGAUAUGUCUUCCUUAAAUUUACCAAAUUCCACUUUCAUAUGGUUUUUAGGAUUGCCUGGUUCUGGAAGAAAAACUCACGCCCAUUUACUCUGUGAAAAAUUAGGUCUUAUUGAAAUCAAUGUUGUAGAAAUACUUAGAAAUGAAAGUAAGAAAGAUACAGAUAGAGGAAAGAAACUCAGUCAGUUGUUCAAAGGUCAAAUUAAGAAGGUUGCAGAUGAACUGGUUGUAGACCUUAUAAAAGAAGGCCUUUUGUUGAGUUCAGUUGGUAGGACCGACAGAAAUUUCGUGAUAAAUAAUUUCCCGAGAAGUAAGAAACAGGCGAAGCUUUUCAUACAAGAAAUCAAAGAUGUAGAUGUUAUUAUUUACCUCUUUGCUGAUAUGGUCACUCUCAUUAAUAGAAUACAAGAGCAGAAUAUAGAGAAGCCUUUGGACGUGGAUAUUUUGAAGAAGAAAAUCGUGCUUUACGCGAAAGAAGUUAGAGAAGCUCUGUCAGGAAUGAAAACAAAAAUUGAGAAGGAAUGUGUUACAUUUGCGAGAGAAAGAAACGGGUUGGCAUUCAAUUUUAGCCCUUCCGAGGAUUCAAAAACCAUUAAAUCAAAGAUUAGAUCCAUCGCAAAUUGUCAAAUAUUGGGAUGUCCAGAAUUGGGUAACAGUACCACGUUGAUACCUGAUGAGAAUUUCGACUAUUACAGCGCUUUUGGAAACAUGAAUACUACAUCAAAUGCUACAUGUAUAAGUUCAACUGGAGUUUUCACAAUCAUCAAGGAUAAAGGAAAUUAUACAGAUUCCAUAACCAAGUGUCAAAACCUAGGCGCAGAUUUAGCAGAUGUUUUAACUGAAACUAGAACCAAGCAGCUGGCGAGUUUGGUGAACAGUACAGUUGGUUCUUGGUAUAAGGCUAGUUACGUAGGUUUGGAUGACUUGCAGAGUAAAGGGCUUUUCGAAUCAUCUAACGGAAAUCAUAUAUAUUGCACUAAAUACAGAGCUUGGGGUCCUGGCCAUCCCAGGAUCAAAAAGGAAAAUUAUAACUGUGUUACUUUACAUUCCGAUAGAACCUGGGAAGUAGUUCCUUGCAACGUGGAGCUCACAGCUAUUUGUGAGUUCAUACCAGAAUCUCCAUCCGUAGAUGAGUUCGAUGAGAGAUAUUCGUGUGAUAAAAUAUCGAAUAGAAGAAAAAAGAGAAGAUGUUUAGCCAAUAAGAAAUCAUUGAGGGAGCUGAUUGAACGAUCGAGUCGUGAGGAUAAAUGUGCACUCCUUAACUAUGAUAAAGAUCUAAGUCAAAUUUGAGAGCAAGAAAUAAUCACAUCUUGCUUUCGAAAGUAAUAAUACAUCCCAAAUCAUGUGAGGACAUGAAAAAAAAAUGGCGAAACAUUAAAGACACAUAUGCGAAAUACUUAAGAAGUACAAACACCAAAACAGGAAAAGUUGCCAAGAAAAACUACAAACACUGGCAGUGGGCCCCA